CUCUUUUUCUUUGGUACAGAAUCAACUUUGUUCAUCGUCACCAUCGUUGCACCCGUCUGUCGAGGGUUAUGAACUCCAGGCCUUAUCUCGUUGAUGGUGGACAAUCCUUUUCCAUGAUGGUUCCAGGAAUUAAAACCUGAUAUGCAUCCAUAACAUCUGGAACAAAAGACCAGCUUCUGGGAUGAAACUGUUAAACUGCUUGAACAAGUUGCUGGCAGAGAAAAACUGUGUAUCUGUUGACCGUGUUGUUGUUGAUAAGCACUCCCCCUGGCCCUGGAUAUUUGUGCAAGAAUAUAAAGAAGAGGCCUGCGCAUCCUGUACAUUUUGUCUCAUGCACUAUUGACAGUGUCAGAUAAAAUAAUUGUUCGUUAUUUUAAUUCCAAUCAGCUAUUAAACUGGGAGUUGCUUGGAGGCAUUGAAACUGAAAACGAUCAUUUUCCCGGAUCCGAGCUCUGCUUUGCGCUGUGUCUGUCGAGCUAGGGAUCAUCUCCUGAUCCAAUAUUUCGCUUGGUGUAAACAAUAUAUAAAUAUCGAGAUAUAUUGGUUCUGUCUAUAUUCCAUUUAAUCUUUGAGGAAUAUCUUACCCAAAAAUGUCAUUGAUUCACGAUUUAUAUUUUUUUAGAUGAAUAUUGAAUCCUUAUUGGAUGAAGCAAUUACUUUCAUUAUAUUCCAUAUUUUGAGAUGAUCCCGCAACAUCAUGUGACUUGAUCAAGAUGGCAGAUGACGAGGCCACCGCAACAAAACUUUUUGGACUCCUGAAUGGCAUUGCUAAGCGAGAUUAUCUUGGGAUAGGAGAUAUCACUGAUGAAUAUAUGAAAGAAGAACUAUUUGCAGAUAUUUCUAAUGAAGAAUUCACGACUUUGGUCACCAAAUGCAAAAGCUUGAUCAAGAAUGUUGUCUCAAUUGACAUGGAUUUCAACCAGCUUGAGGCUUUCUUAACAUCGCAAAUGAAAAAGAAAGAAGGUGGGAUAUCUCAAGUACAGGCAACAGCUUUUACAAAGUUUUGGAGAAACAACAGGUCGAAAAUACAUGAAAAAGUGGUUUCACAGUCAAUAUUUGGAAACACGCUAAAAGAUGUCAGCUGGAGAAUCGAUAUAAAGAGCCAAGCCAAACAUAUAGACCAAAUUAAUAUGCCAACUGCGAUUGUAGAACUCAAACUGGCAAAUAAUAGUCAUAUAGAUAAGGAUCCUGAUCAUCUUCGGUUUGAGAUGGAUGAAAAUCAACUCAACCAAGUUAUUGGAAAUUUGGAGGAGAUAGAGAAACAGAUCAUUGCUCACUGCCAAUAGAUUACAGUCUUGCCGAAACUCAUUAAUUAUGAAGAGAAAAAAUAUGUUACAUGUAUGUAAAAGUAAUUUUAUAUCAAAAGUUAUUUUAUUCCUAAGUAAUGAUAACAUAAACAGCAUAAUGUACUUUGUACUAAUACUUACUGUGGAACAUACAGUAAGGUAAUGCCUAACAUAGAUAAUUUGACAAAUUACCAUAGAAUCGUAGCUGAGAAAAUGAAUCACACUCUCCAAGAUUAUUGCUAUUUAUUUUUAAUGCAUCAGUCCUUGAUAUAUAAAUAACGAUUUUUUCUUUCUUGUUCCCAUUAUACAAUGAGAAAUUAUAUCAAGACAGAGUUGCUGUGUACACUCUACAUCAAUGGCCACAUUUCUCUUUUAUUUCUUUUUUAAAAUUCUUUUUAGUUGAGGAAAAGAAGGAUGUGUUUGGUUAAAGGUCAAGUCCACCCCAGAAAAUGUUGAUUUCAAUCAAUAGAGAAAAAUCAAACAAGCAUAACGCUGACAAUUUUAUCAAAAUCAGAUGGAAAAUAGGAAAGUUACAACAAGACAACGUUUCGCUUAUUUUUUACAAAUACUUAAAUGCACAACUCACUGACAUGCAAAUUAGAGAGUUGAUGAUAUCCCUCAUUGACUAUUGCUUUGGCUUUUUAUUGUUUGGAUUAUACAAUAUUUCAAUUUUUACAGAUUUGACAAUAAGGACCAACUUGCCUGAACCAUAAAAUGUUAAAACAAUGGUAAUACCACAUGUUUAGGGAUGAAUAAAAAAAUUCACAGGACAAUGGAGAGAAAAAGAUGAAUAUUUCAUAUAAUAAAAUACAAAAGAAAUUGUGAGUGAGUGAGUGGUUACCUCAGUCCCCUCAUUGCAUACCGACUAGGAUGUGCAUAUAACUGGUUUGUGAAAUUAAGCGAUACUUAAUGACAUAACUUUCUUAUUUUACACCCGAUAGAUGAAUUUUUCAGUGUUAAUCCUUGUUGGAUUUUUCUCUUUUAAUUCAGAUUGAUUUUAGCUGUUAAUGAAUUACUCUAAGGCAACUAAAACAUUUGAUAUGUAACCAUGUAAGUGUCAUUGAUAUUUAGAUACAUGUAUUACUAAUAUUACCUGUUGGUAAUCAUGGAUUUGGAUGUUGUCUUAAUCUUUUUUUCUCUUUUGGCAUCAUUCUUAAAACCAAGUCAACCCCCCCCCUAAAAAAUAAAUGAAUAUAAUGUAAUAUUUAAAAAAUGUUGAUCUGACUUUUUGAAUCAAGAGGAUCCAAUAAUCAAACAUCCAGAACACCAAAUAUUUCAUAAAACGUUUUUACUUUUAUAUUAUGCUUAAUUUCUCAAAACAAAAUAUGCAAUUAAUGGGUUUUAUGUAAAUGGGAGAGUUGAUAAUGUCACACACUUACACUCCUUGCUUACACUCACACUUUCUUUUGUAUUUUAUGAAAUUAUUGAAGAUGUCGAGAAGCUUGUGGAUGAAUUAUCUGAUAAUUUACAAUAAUGGUGAUUCCACAUGUUCAAGCUAAUGUGAAGUUUGUUGUAGGAGGGAAUAACAUAAUGAUAUUUUAAAAAAUAGUGAUUGAUAUUACCGUACAUUAUUUGCAAAUUAUCCAUGUUGUGCAUAUAUAUAACUGUUUCCAAAAAUACUUAUAAAAAUCUUUUUAUUCUUACAUUUGAUUUUUAAUGAAAUUAAAUUUUUUCUUGAGUUUUUCAAAUCAUAAUUGUUAGUAUCAAUUUGAUCUUUAGAAAUAAAGAGCAAGUUUUGUAUGUUUUUCACACUGUAGGCCUAUUCAUUCCAAAAAAGGUGUACAAAUUUUGAGAUCACUUUUUUGUGUCUCAAUUAUUUUCAUCUGUAAGGGUCUAUAUAUUAUGUAAGAUAUAUUGUGUCAAACAUUUUGUAACAGGGAGAACCAAGAAAUCAGUGUCAUAGAAGAUAUAUUUUCUGUGCUCUAUAAAUUCUAGAAUUAAGUAAGUUAUAGUUAUUAUUUUUAUCACUUUAAGAUUUAAAAAGAUAUUUGAAGAGCUUAUGUAAUAUGAGUUGUUGAUUUACAGUACCAAUCUAAAAUUAACAUAUGAGGCUAUAUUUGGAAAUGGUAUCAUUUUUUCUCAAGUGGUUAGGUUUUUUUUGGGGGGUGGGGCUGUUUGCAAUUUUUCAUUAUAUUUCUUGCAAAUAUUUUUUUAAUUGUUGAGAUGGUGAGAGUUACAGUUAGUAAAAAUAAUCUAUGGGAAUUAUUUAAUAGCGCAAAUCUGAGCCAUUUUGUUCGAAAUUAUCACCCAAUACAUAUCAGUUGUCUUGACUUGGAAUUGCUUUAUGGCCUCAAUAUAACCUUUGUUUUUAACUGAUAAUAUUACUUUAUACAAAUUUUAUUUAUGAAACAGUGAUAAAAUAGUUUUUUGUGUUUUUUUUCCAGUUACAUCAUGAUAUGAAAACGUAAUGUGAUAUUGCAGAAAAUAUAUUGUUUUGUGUUUGUAAAUACAUUUCAUACCUAAAGUAUCAUGGCUCUUAUUAAAACAAAUGGUUUCUAAAUCAGAAA